UCCACCUCACAUGGCGGCGGCUACCUCCGUGGCAAGUCGAGCGCAGGCCGUGCUCCGCGGCAGGCUCUGCGACCAGGCCGUCGUCCACGCCGCCCUCAGGUCCUCACCGGACACCAACUACAGUAAGCUGAAGUACCUCGUCGCCAGCUCCGUCUCCGAGGCCUGCAACAACUCCGUCCUGCUUCUUGGCCCCCGCGGCUGCGGAAAAGCCGCGGUGGUCGACAUGGUUCUAGAUGAUCUGAGAAAGGAGCAUCCUGACGCAAUAUCUGUGAUAAGACUGAAUGGGAUGCUACAUACCGAUGAUAACUGUGCCAUGAAGGAAAUUGUGAGGCAGCUUUGUUUGGAGCAUCAAUUAUCAUUUUCCAAAAUGGCUUCUUCAGAUGACAACACUGAAUUCAUGAUUGACAUGUUACGGGAGUGUGGACUAGCUCACAAGACGAUAAUUUUUGUCCUAGAAGAGUUUGACCUUUUUGCUCAGGGGAAGCAGAGGUUACUCUAUAGCUUACUUGAUGCAAUGCAGUCUCUCACCUCACAAGCUGUUGUUAUCGGUGUGAGUUGCCGAUUGGAUGCAGAUCAACUCCUGGAAAAAAGGGUUAGGUCCCGGUUCUCUCAUAGAAAGCUUCUGUUUGUUCCUUCUUCAGUCGAUAGCUUACGGAGAUUAAUGGAGCAAUUGCUAACCCUUCCCGAAGAUUCUCCCUUACUGACGAAGUAUAUCAUGGAGUAUAAUGCACGGGUAACUAGCAUUUUUAAUGACAAAAAGUUCAAAGGAGUUCUCAACUCCCUCACGGAUGCCGACGCAACAACGAGCCACAUCCUUAGAUUUCUUUUCAGAGUGGUGUCAUACAUGGACAUGGAUUCUGGACUUCUGUCAAUGCAAAGCUUCAUGAAUGCGCUAUCUUCCAUGCAGAGGCAGCCUAAGAUGGACAGUCUGCAAGAUCUCUCCAUUUUGGAAUUGUACAUUCUUGUCUGCAUGAAUAGGCUAGAAGAUAAGGAGCACAGUUCAUACAACUUCAUCAAUAUAAUGAAAGAGUACAAAUCUGUACAGGAUGCCUACAAAACUUCUGAUAAAUAUUCACACACCGUUUGUUUUAGAGCUUUUGAGCAUCUUUUGGAUCGUGAGUUGAUUAGCUUUGUAGACAACAAAGGGAGAAAUCAGACGCUUGAAUAUCGUCCUGUCAAACUUCUGGUAUCUUCUCGUGAGCUAGCCCAGUCCUUGAAGUUGAACACAACCUGCCCUGCUGUUUUGCAGAAGCUGCUUGACCGUGAAAGAAUCAUGUAAAAGUUUCUACAUAUGUUUGCGGAAGUUGUGAUGUUGAUUAAGUUUUGCUGGCAUACUUCUUUGUUAUGGUUGGGCAGAUUCGCUGUCAGGUGCAACCUAACACCAUGCUGGAAUAUGCUAUCUACUGCAAAGAGAAAUUUGCCUUCAAGAUGAAAAAAAAACAUGUCUCUGGCAAGGUAACAAACCAACAACACACCAUUUCAUUUGAUGCC